AUUUGGCUAAUUUACCAAUGCAGUGGGGGUUAGGGUGUUUUUUUUCGUGAUUUCGUACACGCCCCCUGAGAAUCUGCCCGAUUUCAAUGAGAAGACGGUAGAAAUGGAUAGCAAGCAGCCUGGAGGUGCGGGGUCCUGGAGCUCCGCAGCCCCUUCGAGCAGCAGCGGAUCCGGUGCCUCCGAGUCUUAUCCGAACGCUAGUGCAUGGCAAGCAGGUUAUGAGGGUUACGGCUUCUACAGCGCCCAGAGCAGCAGUGGUAGUGACCCCUCUGCAGACCAGUAUGUGUAUGGGAGCUCCUGGGAGCCCCCCAGGGGCGGCACUGAAUCCGGAGUGGCCAUGAGCGGGAAAGAGGGCAGGGGAAAGGGACAGCAGCAGGGCGGAGGGGGGAGGAGCAGCAGCGCUGGUGGCUCGCAGGCAGACAACCCAGACUCCAUCAUUGCUAAGAUCAAUCAGCGCUUGGACCUGUUGGCCAAGGAGUCGGGAGGCAAGGAAAGUCAGGAGAGCACUUUCAGGUUUGAGUGCUUCCAGUCCUACAUGCUCCCAGCCGACAAGGAACAGUCUGUCUCCUCCUCGCUGUACCGAGAGGCGACUGCAGGGGGCAGCAGCGAGGCCACCGGGGGGGCUGCUGGGAUGCCGUCGCCUGAGAGCGGCUCCCCUUAUUCCCGUGGCCGCGGCGGAGCGGGCCGGCGGGAAUCAAGUGGGGCGGGGGAAGCGCGAUCCAGGGGCAGAGGUGGCAGGGACUUCAGUGCGGGUGCCAGAGCUGGCCAGCACCAGCAGAACCGGGCCCAGAACCGUCGUGGGGGCGGGUACUGGAGAGGCAGAGAUGCCCCGCCCCCUCAUCAGCACCUGCACCACCAUUCCCAGUUCUCCCAGCACUCGUUUAGCUGCUAUCCCUCCUCCACGCCUCCUUCGUCUUCCUCCUCCUCCGAGCGACUGUCUGCCUGCUGGAGUGACCAGAAUUACAUGGGUUCUUGUGGAGCAGGCCGGGGUCUCCGGGGGCGGGUACCGUCACUGUUCCCGCCCCCUUACUCAGAAUUCUAUGAUGUGCCGCCGCCCCCCUUCCCCCCACAUCAUCUGCAUGGCUCCACUAUGAUGGGCGGUUUCUGUCAGCCCUAUGGUGGACCACAAGGGGGCAGCGGUGCAUGGAACUGGAACGGGAAGACCUGGCCCCGAGGAGAUCGAGACGGAAGGAGGCAGCGAGGAGCCGGACCUCCGACGAGGAGCGCAGAGGGGAAGAAGAGGCGUUUCUCCCAGACCUUCGACGACCUCGAGGCCCACCACGCGGGGACGGGAUCGGAGGAAGACGAUUACGACCAGAACCCAUUCGCUCAAAGUACUAUGCCCACGCAGAUUGCGCACGACGAAGACGACGACAGUGAGGUGCUUGAGGAGGAAGCUGGAAAGGAGGCAGAGAAAACUAGGACAGGAGAUGAGGAAGAGAAUAACGAAGAGGCAAAGAGGAAGAGGGGACGCAAGAAAGAACGACAGCAGAAGGAUCACAGGCUUCGCUUUACCUGCUCGAUGUGCAAGUUCAGAACAGUGGAGGAGAAGGACAUUCAGAGCCAUCUAGAAGGUCGCUUCCACAAGGAUAUCUUCACCUUCCUGGCCAGCAAGAUCCCAGAAGCCCAUGUCAAGUUCCUCCAGGAAUACACGGUGAACCGCAACAAAAAGAUAUUAAAGAAGAGACAAGACCUGCUGAAUCAGAGUGAGACUCAUGAAAAGUCUGACCCGUUUAUAGGUGCGGGCCAGGACGAGUUCCUGAAGCGCAUCGAGGCGGCGCACUGCAUGGCCUGUGACAUGGUCAUUCCGGCGCAGCACAGUCUGCUGCAGCAGCACGUCAACUCCCCGGAGCACCUGUGCAACCGUAAGGGCAUCACUGAGCACUUUAAGAGGUCCAGCCUUCCCAUCGCUAAGAGCAUCCUCAACAGCAGCAACAUCAGCAGGAUGCUGGAGAAGUAUUUAAAGGGAGAAGACCCCUUCACAGAUGAAACAGGCGAUCAUGACCCAGAAGAUGACUGCCACCUAGUGAAGGCCAAUCCUGGAGAACAAGGGGCUUCCGGGCCCAGAACUGGGGCUCUGCUUCACCCGGGGGCACCAACUGGCCCAGAAGGUGCCAAGAAUGAUGGGAAUGAAGAUGAGGGGUCAGAAGAGAAGGGGGUUCUCGAGGAACCACAAGAGUUUUUAGAAGAGUACUUGGAUGAAGAGGAGGAGGAUGAGGGGGAUGCAGUGGAGUAAAGACUAAGAAGACUAACAGUUUUGUCGCAUUAUGUUUUUGCAGUGUUAUAAGCUGCCCAGAAACUAGAUUGAUUUCUGCAUUUUGUUUGAGACACUGGGAUUACCACCGUGUCAGAGAUGAUGUCAUAAGGAACUGUGAGUUUAGAUGAUGUCAUAAGCAGCUGUGAGUUGUUGUAAAUCUCAUAAAUGAAGGUGAUCAUAUUUGCAUAAAAAGAAUCACCCCUGGAAGCACUAGUGGCAGUACUGUUACCCCCCCCCCUUACUUUUCUGUAUGCAGUAAGAUUCCUUAACAUAAUUUCUCAGUCAUGAGCAGUUUUGCAAACACAUGAAAGGUUUUCUGUGUGGAGAAAUUUUUGGACGGAGGCUGUCUUUCCAGUUUCACUGAUACCAAAAAUGUUUAUUAGGGCAAGAAGUGAAAUCUGUUUGCAAAUAUGUGAUACUGUGAGCUGCUCAGUUUUUUAAAGGAGAUAAAGCUUUAAAUCCCUUUGCCAGAUCCGUGGCGUCCACUAUGAACUUUACCCCAUUCUUCAGUAAAUUUGCACUAGUAACAAUUGA